AUGGCCACUUCUUCAUCUUUGACCCUCUCCCAAGCUAUCCUAGCUCGCUCCAUCUCACGCCAUGGCUCAUCCUCUUCUUCCCAAGAACGUGUCUCUCUCUCCCCCACUUUCUCUCUCCCAUCAUUUUCCGGACUCAAAUCCACCUCACCUCCCUCUUCUCGCACCCCCACCCAUCGUCGCCGUGUCGCCGCCACGACACAUCAGGCAAUUCGUGCCUCAGCAUCCGUAGAGACGCUCGAAAAGACCACAGACGUAGCCUUGGUGAAGAAAUCGAUAAACACAAUUCGAUUCCUGGCGAUUGAUGCUGUGGAAAAGGCGAAUUCGGGGCACCCGGGACUGCCUAUGGGGUGUGCGCCGAUGGGUCAUAUAUUGUACGACGAGGUCAUGAAGUACAAUCCUAAGAACCCUUAUUGGUUCAACCGUGAUCGCUUUGUAUUAUCAGCUGGACAUGGGUGUAUGCUUCAGUAUGCUCUGAUGCACCUCGCUGGCUACGAUAGUGUCCAGGAAGAAGACUUGAGGAGUUUCCGUCAAUGGGGGAGCAAAACCCCUGGUCACCCUGAGAACUUUGAGACCCCUGGUGUUGAAGUCACUACUGGUCCUCUUGGUCAGGGUAUUGCCAAUGCUGUUGGUCUUGCUCUUGCUGAGAAGCACUUGGCGGCUCGUUUCAACAAACCAGACAGUGAGAUUGUUGACCACUACACGUAA